AUGGACGAUCCAGAAUUCGACACGCAAACUGACCUCUCAACUCAAAGCAUCUUGCUGGCUGCUGCAAAUCACGACAUUGGCGCUCUUCGCAAUCUUCUGCGCAACACAUCUGCAAACGUGCAAGAUUCGGAAACAGGCUUCACGCCUCUACACGCUGCCAUUGCCGCUUGUGAGCCCGACCAAGAAAAUGCAAACACAACCAACGGAGACGUGACCGAUGCGACCAAGGAACAGAAGCAGGAACUUGAGGCGGCCGUCAAGACAGUAAAGUUUCUGUUUGAAAAUGGCGCAAUUUGGAACGACCUAGAUACAAACGGGGAAACGCCAGGAUGUAUAGCGCGCAGAUUAGGUCUGAAGGAACUAUACGAGCUAUGUGUCGAUGCUGGUGUGCGUGCUGAAAUGCUGCUGAGUCGUAUGGAGCAGUACCAGCUCCUUGGAGAUGACGACGAGGACGACGAGGAAGAAGAAGACGAAGACGAAGAGAAGGUUGCAGAGGUGACGGACUGCGUUGAGGUGAUAGAUAUAGGCCAAGAAGAUAUACCGGGUGACGAGUCAACAGAGAACCCAAAUUAUCUCGCAUCGAAACUCACCUUCGAUCGGGAUCGGCUAUUAGACGACUCUUCAAACGGUGUCAUGAUGGAGUGGGAAACUACUUUGAUGCGGACGUCAGCUGAGCUGCUGGCGCCAACAGAAGGACUGCGCAUAUUGAACAUCGGUCAUGGCAUGGGGAUUAUCGAUGGUAUUCUCCAAGAAAAGAAGCCCAAGACCCAUCAUAUCAUCGAAGCACACCCAGACGUUAUCAAGCGCAUGAAAGAUCAGGAGUGGGACAAAAGGCCAGGGCUCAUCAUACAUGAAGGGCGUUGGCAAGACAUUGUUCCCAAUUUAAUAGAAAAGGGCGAAUUAUUUGAUGGCAUCUACUUUGACACCUUCGCCGAAGAGUACAAGGCUUUGCGCGAGUUCUUCACCGAGUAUGUCAUUGGACUACUAGAUCCCGCUGGAGGUCCAGACCGCGAAGGAGGCAAGUUUGGCUUCUUCAACGGCAUGGGUGCAGAUCGACAGAUUGUGUACGAUGUUUAUAACAAGAUUGUUGAGUUUGAUCUCUUUGAGGCGGGCUUCGACACGGAGUGGGAGACAAUAGCUGUGCCGAAUCUAGACGACAAGGGCGAGUGGGAGGGGGUGAGGAGAAAGUACUGGGUGCUCAACGAGUACAAACUCCCGACAUGCAGCUUUAUUGCAUGA